CAAACUCUCUGGCUAGCAUCUAGUAGCUUUUGCUUCAUUUAGAUUGUAUUGCAUCUUCGUAUCAAAUUUGUUUUCCUGAGGAUACUUUUCUGAUGUUUGGAGAGACUGGAUUUGUUUUGCAAAGGAGAAUCAUCAUUAUCCUUGAUUAGAGAACGGUUACUACUAUCCGGAGAGUUUAGAAGUGAUCUUUAGGGAGUAUGGGACGGAUUUCUUGGGAGCGGCUAAUGGUUGAUAAGGUGGGGAAAGAAAGGAAACUCAUAUAGUCUAAGAGUUCUUUUUUUUUGGAUAAAAGAAUUAAUCCCCCAGGGCUAGCUCCUUGUUUCAUUUUCUGAAACUGAAUGUUGCACACAACACCUAGUCGAUACCAGUGUCCUGCCCAAACAAGACCGGUCCACAAGCUACAGCAAUAAGCCAUGAGAUUAACAUUGCUAACCAUAGGCUAAUUAAGAGUUGCUAGUUGAUUGUUAGCCAAUACUACUUUUCUUUUCUCAAAAGAAAAAGAAAACACAUAUUUCUCUAUGCAGGUGAGGCACGAUGUGGAGCCUCCCAAAGGUGGGGGAGGAAAGGGGACUCACUCUUUCAUCAAAAUCUGCCUGACUACCCACCCAGUCUCUCUCGUGCCUACCCUUUCCAACCUACCUUAAGAGAAGAAUUUUCGUAAAGCAACCACAUUGUUUUUGUAACUACUAACCAAGUGCCCGUGUGUUGCCACGGAACCACAAUAAACUAAUACAUGUUCACUAAGUUGAAAAAUACCCAUAUAUCACUAAAAAUAUGUUAAUUAAGUUUGACCCAGAAUUUUAAUCCCCUCAUUUGUUGUACUACACAACAAUUCUUAAACAAAGAAAAACUCACCACUUAUUUUUUGAUCUUGUUUCUUUGCCUUGUCAAUAUCUACAAAUAUAAAUCAUUUAAGUUAAAUUUAGUAGACUACAUGAGGAAAUCACUUUAACCAAAAAUAAUAAUACAAUCAUCUUCGUUUACGAUUUAGUAUGCAUACACUGAAGCAGCACCAAAGUGGGUAAAAGCAACAAAUAUUCAUCACAAUAUAUCAGGAAAAUAUACUAUUUAUAAGUAGGAUUGUUUUGCAACAAGGCGUACUUUCAACAAGUAUUGUAAUUUUGGGAGCCAUCAUCAUUGCUCAUCAACACAAACAAUGAUUAUUUGCACAACAGAACUAACAUGGCAUCCCAUGUGUAGGUAUAUAAGUAGAAAGAACAAGCUAGCCCGUUUUUGAAGGUAUGCGCACUGAUAAAAAUACGUUUAGCAUCUCUUCCUGUACAACUAAGAAAAAUGUGCUAUGAGUAUCGAUUCCUGUAGUAUCUCUCAAUUUAAGAGCGUUUUUGACACUACACUGGUCUAAAAAAUUAUGGGAUGGAGGGAGUAGAUUAUAAAUUUAGAGUUCUUUUUUUUUAACUGAUUGAUAGCUGACAUGAAGAAGUUGUAUGAACCUGAACCACAUUGAAGGCCAGGCCAGCAGAAAACACCAGUCUAUUUUUUUUUUUGGAAGAAAACAUCAUGUCUACGGUAAAAAAAACUAUGUAGACCACUUAUCGGCGGAUUAGCACUCUUUUGAGUGCGUUUAUGAUAGUUUGGCACUCGGCCGAGCCAAAUCCGUCGAUCAAUGUUUUUUUGCAAAUAGAUUAUGGUGGACAUGGUGUUUUUUUGCAACAACAAAAAAAUGUAGACGGGUGUGUUUUCUGCUGAUCUAGCAUUCAAUGUGAUAAUUUACUCCUACAUAUUCAAACGUGGCCGGAACAAGAUUGAUGUACUCCAACUUAACAUUUGUUGAGUCCGGUGACGAUUUUUGCAGGAACUAAAAAAAAUUCUGUGACCAUAGCCGUAAAAAUGCUCACAAACAAAUGAGAGAUGGGGCGGGUAGACCGGCCCAGUAGCAAUAGCCCGUUAACUUGGUCGAGCGUGGCAGCCGCCGCGAGAGGCAAGGGGAGAAUUCCAGAAGGUUCUCGAGAGGUCGGGAGAGAAGAGAGGGAGAGGAGGAGAAGGAAGCCCUAGUCGCCGUCGCCGUCGCCCCCGCCCCCAUCCAGACCGCGGCCAGGAGCCCAUGGCGCUUCGCACGGUCGCGUCGAGGACGAGGAGCGCCGCUCUCCAUCUGGCGGCGCCGGCGCCGCGGUUCUCGCCGCCGGCGAAGGGCUUCUCUACUCCGGCCGCCCCACGCGCCGUCUUCAGCAAGACCGCCUCACUUGCCUACUCAAGCUGGAGUGCCGGAAGCAGCUUUGCCAACACUGCUGUUCAGCAGGCGCUUGUGUACCCAAGCCCAGCCACCAGUGCGGGAAGCAGCCUCGUUAGCACUGCUCGUGUUCAGCAGGCACGUUACUACUCAGCUGGUGCCCUGGUGAUCGACGAGGAGACUGUCCAGGCGCUAGUCACCGGGGUGGCCAAGUGUAAUUCAGUGGCAAGCAAGUGCCUUGCGGAGAUCCUGACGGUGCAAGAUCUGCAAAUCAUCACGCUUGUUGUCAUUUUGUCUGGGGUUGUGGGGGCCUGGUAUGUCGGACAGCAAGUAAUUGAUCGGGGGUCAGAGAUCCUGGGGCAGCUGCAAAAGCAUGCCCCGGAAAUCUUGGGCAGCGUCUGCGAUGAGAUGGUGUACCAGUUGAAGAUACCGUUCUUUGGCAGCGGAAGGCGCCUCGUCUGGCAAGAUCAUUGGUUCAACGACCCCGAGAAGUCGCUGACGAGGCACGAGUAGAGGAUGAGGCGUGAGGCUGCGAGGCAAGAGAUGGACCGGCUUCGACUCGAGGAGUUCAACCGCGCCCAGGAGGAGAAGAAGCGCGAGGCUGCGCAAAUGUACGAGCAGUCCUUGGCAAGGAAACAAAUCAACGACCAGCUGCUCAAGGACAAGCUUCGUGAGGAGAGGAUAAGGCAGUUGACGGGACAGUAGGAGGCAGAGACAGCAGCUGAGCGGUUGAUGGACCUGGUUUUUGACACUGUUGGCAGUUACUGCCAUCCAUAUUUUUGCUCUGGACUAUUCAAUUUUGCUUGCUCCUCCCUUUGUCUGUCGAAUUGACUUGAUUUGUCAGCUUUGAAAUGGUAUAUGUGGCACGUGCACAGCACAAUGCAGUUUUCCAAACUAAAUAUAAUAUCUAUUUCUUUCC